UAAAUUGUAUUGGUGUUAGUUGAAGGGGGGGAAAAAAUAAAGAUGUAGUUCAUACUUGGCGUCAAGACGUCACCAACCGUCCGUUACCAAGGAAACAGCUACUCCAUACAAAUUCGAGUCCCUAAAAGUUAAACGAGAAAACGCGCAAAUUGGAAUUAUCCUUCCAAUAAAUAAACGUAGUGGCACCGAGCGAAACUCAGAAUGGCAGGAGGCGAAAGCGCGUUUGAGCAAACUUUCUCUUUCAGUCCUCUUCCUAAGAGCUUCUGUUUCCAGGAGGACAAGAACACCUUGACGCUGUUGAUGAAAUGGUCCAUGCUGGGGAGGCUUUCAGCUCAGACGUACAGCUUUGACAGCAACUUCCAUCCUUACAGCUAUGAAACGUUUGCUUUGUGUUUCUUCAAAGACCCUCAGGUGAUUGCCAGUCUAAGUAAUAUGGAGGCCGGAGUCUGCAUGCCUCUUGAGAGGCCAGUAGCGUCUGUCAGCACAGAGCUUGUGCCCUGUACUAAGAUCUCCAUGGAGUUGUUUGAUCCAAUCUACUCUUGUGGCAUCCUGAGGCCCUCUGGUCAUGUAGUUAAAUGCUUUCAUGAUGUCUACCCUGACUACGAUGAACUUCGACAGAUGUUACAAGAAGAGGAUUCUGAGCACUACUAUGUUGUUGGGAAGAUGGAGCGGAAGGAGUUUUUGUUCCGCCUUUUCAAGCACCUGUGUCUUGGCGGAGCGCUCUGUCAGUAUGAAGACACCAUCGACCCCUACAUCAGCACCACAAAGAAAAUAUACAAAGACCUGAUAAGUGUGCAAAAGGACCCAGAAACAAAGAAGAUCAGUGUGGUGUCCACCGUCCUCAAAGUCUGUGCCUAUGAUGAGUCUGGCCAGUGUUUUCCUGGAACACGGGAGGAGGAGCAGACCUUUGCCUAUUUAAUUGUGGAUCCUGUCAAACGAAAUGUGACUUUGCUCUUCCACAUCUACGGCGUGGGAAAAAUGACGCUGUAAGAACUGGAAAAGGAAGACGAAUCUGAAAUUUUGACCAGCUACGGAAUUAAUUGUUGCUUGGUCCAAAAAUACUGUCUACAUCUUCGAUUUCUGGUUUUGGUAAUUUUACUAUAUGCUAUUGAGACUAUAGAGUCUUGAAAAAGUAUGAAAACCCUUUCUGUGCCUUAACUGGAAUUGUGAAAAACAGCUGUAGGUCAUAUGUUUUAUUUAGAUUGAGAGAUUGAGUUGAGCAAUUAAAAGAAUUUUCCUCAUAAUAAUUUGUGUUAGAAAAUCCAAUAAAAUUAAUAUUUAUUAACAUCCACAUGUUAACACUUGCCUGUUAUGUGAGAAUGUGUAGAAAACUCUGGAAGGUACAGUAGCAACUCACUGUAAAACUUUCAAAAGUAGUUUGUUGUUGUGUAUUAAACCAUAGUUGAAUGUGUCAUAAUGUGAAAAAAAGAAGAGACCCAGAGCAACAAACAGUCCAAGAGCUUUACUGAAACAAAUAAAUUAAUAAGUUAGUUUUCUAAAAAUUUCUUCUCAGCAGAAACACAUUUUUUUUGUACCUCUUUAAAAGAUCAAAUAUAGGUUAGAUUAGAAAACAAACCAACGUUGCAUUUUAUUCAGUCAACUGCCCCACCAUUUGGACUUGGAAGACUUUGUGUUGAGUUUGCGUUUUGCUUAUUGCUCGUUCAGUUCGUGCUUUUAUUCUAACAGCAGCUCCAAAACCUACAGUAGGAAAGCAGCUAAAAGUAAUGCGGUGGAAUGUCAAAUGGCAGCAAGUCAGUGAAAAGAUGGACGGAUGGUAGGACGUCACUAACAGAUAACAGAACGUGCAGAUUGGUUCAUGCAUAGAAUUCAGUCAGUCGGACAGUCACUAACUGUUUCUCCUAAUCAGGUUUCUAAACUAGCGCCCCGUAGCGGCCUCAGAGGUAGUUGUGUGGAAGCCAAUCUUAUCUAAUGUGACAUGCUUGUGACAGCACACAUGCUUGCAGAGAUUCCUGUGUUGACACAAAAUGUCCAUGCCUCCAGCUUCCACAUCUAAAGGGUGUUAAGAUACUGAAUGGGUUUCUAUGGAGGUGCGAUGAUUUGCCGACGAUACAGUAAUAUUCUCAGAAAAUUGCAGUAGUUGUAAAAGAUUAAAUUCUUAUAAGUAAAUUUGUCUUUCGUUAAAUGUUACGCAAAAAAAGUAAAAAAAAAAAAGCAUUCUUUUGUGUAAUUUCUACAAAACAAACUUCUUCCAAGCUUUUUUUUUUUUUAUUGUUUUAAGUAGGAGAUAGAAAGGCGCACCACACCUUUCACAGAAUAAGGAGAAACAAGGCACAGGUUAUUUGUUUUUAUCUUCUUCCUGGAACACAUUUGUGUGUGUGUGUGUGUGUGUGUGUUUUUUCUAAUACGGGGGCCACAUUAGGAACAACAUGCAAUAAUGUGAUCUUCCAUUAAUUAUCAUGAAUAACAGCGUCAUUCAUGGUAACACUGCCUCUAAUAAACAGGGAUCUCUGCAGUAAUUCAGUCCCUAGAAAUAAAGCUAUCCAAGUAUGUUCCAUGGAAAUAAGCAGAAAACUUGGAUGGUGCCUAAAGCGACUUCUAGCGUCAAGAGCCAUUGGAGCAGAAAUAGAUCUGAACAGGCCGAGCAAUGAAGUACAUUCACUGUUUAAAUGUCUCACUUAAAUGGAAAAGUGGAGCACCUGAGUCAGCUGGACGUGACUGGGGACGGAAGAAUUUCUCA